AGCAAGGCUUCAGGUCCGAGCUGCAGCCAGGACUAGCAGUGAGAAAACCAUGAAGGAACAGGGCGGGACGAAUUUACCAGUCAAAUACCAGAGGCAGAGAAUCAACGACUGGAUUACAACUUCAUUGAAUUGUCGUUGCCCUAGGGAUUAAAAAAAAACGUGCCGAUUUGAGUAACCUGCCUGACUAUCCUUCAACAGGCAUGUUCUUCUGAGGCGGUGGGGAAGCACUAGGGCCAAUUUUCGUGAGCAUAGCAACCCCAAGAAACACGGAAAGAGUCAAACAUCAACACCAGUCUAAAGGUUAUGCCUGUAGAAGAACAGAAUACAUCUGUAAAUUCUAACGAGUCCUUGUUAGAUUACAGCAGUACCAAGGAUGAGAGUGAAUCUCUUUUAAAGGAUCAGCCAAAGGAGAACAACCUAAAAACAUCAUUCUCUCCAUGGAGCAAGUUGUUGAAUAUGUACAGCAAGAUGAAAAAGUCUCCAAUUCCUAAAUUUCACAAUAAAGAGAACUCACAGGAACUCCUAAAAGAAGAUGGCCAACGCAUUCAGCUGAUAGUGUACAGAUGUAAUGAGUCAAAUCCUCUGGUUUUCAGUCACUUUAGAACUACUGACUCCGUGGGUUUUGUUGAAAUGGAAAUAAAGAAAAUGCUUGAUGUUCAGAAUGAAGUUCGGCUGUGGAAGAAAGGUUUGAAUGAUGAGACCAGUCUGCUCCAAAGGUCAGAUUCAACACUGAAAGAUGCUGGAAUCCUUCGUGAGCAGGUUCUGCUGCUUGAGGAGAAGGAUGUGCACGAAAGCAGAUCUUGGCAUUAGGAUGGAAAUUCUAAAGAAGAAAAUGUAAAACAAUUAUAAAAAUCAUUCCCGUGCUAAGAGAAGAGUGAGCAGAUUGAAAGAAUAUUGAGUUGAUUAAAAUGGACUAUAGCUUUAAACUUAACCUAACCUCCCUUGUGGAAAUGGAAAAGUGUGGGUCAAACACAGUUUUACACUUUUUCCAUUUCAGUCAAUGGAGAGUGAAAUCAGGUGUUUUUAACCUCAGUCAAAUGAAUGGCCCAUUAUAGUCUCUUUCAAGUCUCAACCAUUCCAGGAUAAAGUUCCGUCUUAAAUCAACAGUUUUACAUUUUUCAAAUUUUAUAUAACAAGACAGAAUUAUCCACAGAUUCAUAAGAUUAAAAAGAACUUCCUUUGAAGACUGCUUUGAUUUUGUGAAAGAUGGAUUGCUGUGAAGAAUAUCUAGUUUGCAUUUGCCAAGACAUAUAGAAUAUUUUACUGAAUAAUGGACAGAAACAGGACAUGUUAGCACAACCAUAGUUUGGAUACUGCUUCCCUUCUGUGGGGUACAGAGAUGUGUGGUCUGAUACUCUGGUGGUCUUCUUUUGGUUUUGCUGCUUGUAGGAAACCGUGGAAUACUUGCUGUGUCCUGCAGAUAGUUAUCUAUUAUUUUCAUGAAGCCAAUAUUUUGGAAAUAUCUUGCGAUGGAAUUCUGCAGCACUGGACGUUCAUUUAGAUAAAAUAUUUACAGUUGUUUUAAAACCCCAAACUAAAGCAAUUUAUAUUAUGGAAUUUCUUGGCAUGCAAACUAGACAUUCUUAACAACUUUGCCCUUUAAUAUGGUCUACAUGUGCAUGUGUUUCUCAUUUGCUAGUGUCUACAGCACAGUAAGUUUGAUCUGAGAGAUAAUCGAGGCAAAGACAGAUCUUGAGCCAAUAGAAACCCUGAGACUGUAACGAUUGAGACUUUUACCUUUUGAUUAGCCUUAUCCUGAAAAUCUGAUUGUACCACAGUUUGUUAAUUUGUAUAAAUCAAAACCCACUUGGUGUAAGUUUCUCUGAUUUAUAUUUUACUGAAAAUAAAUGUAAUAAUCUAAGGACAUUUGUAACUUAGUAACAGAUACUAUGGAGAGAGUUACACAGCUGUAAUUCAGCAGAAGGAUGUCUCAGUUCUCCAGGAGUUGUACCAACAGCAGGGAGAUCCCAAAAUAGAACAACAGCAUUUAAUUUGAAGGGAAUGUUAAUAACAGCUGAUAGCUGUGCUGUGAUGGCACUUAUGAAAAGGGUAUAAUAGAUGAUUAUGCCAAUCGUGAAGUUCCAUAACAUCACAAGGCUUGCAAGAGAGUACUAAAUGUUUUUAGCCAUUUAAUGUACCUGGUGUGUAUUAAAAUAUGGUUGUAUUUUACGUGGGAUUUAUAGUUUCUUUGGAUAGAUUCCUUAAGAUUGUUGAAGUAGUUCCAUUAUAUUUUUGUUAUUUUCUUCCCUCACAUUACACAUCAGUCCUUUGCUAAAAGGGUGGGCAAGUGACAUGUUUCCAGGCCUGUCCUGGUACUGCUAUUACUCUGCAAUUUAGAUAUUCUAACUCAGAAUAGAAAUGUGUCAGUGCAGGGAGAGAGGAACUGUAUUCUGCCAACCACAAUAAUUAUUUGGAACUUUCAUUGGAAUGUGUACUCUCUGCAUCUUGCUGGGUGUUUCUUUUAACAAAUAUAAUAGUGGAACAUGCUGAAGUGUUUAAGCAGUCAUCCAUAGCAUCAUUUAAGCACAACUUCAUUAUAAUAGGAUACAAACUAAAUGCCAGUGACACAUUUAAAUUUGGUUUAAAGAUAUUUUUACUUUUGGAUAAAGCUCAAUAUUAAUGAUUGCUAACUAAAAAUUGCAAUUGUUUUGCACAGCCCUUUCAUUCUGCACACAAUGCAAUCAAUCAUUCCUGUAAAUCUCCUCAGUGAGUAAUUCUGUACAGCUCUUAUGAAAAGCACCAGUGACUCCUUCUGGCAAAAAAGCCACAUUGCACAGUGGAAGAUUCUCCUGUUCUGUUACAUCCACAAAGCAAAUGACACAAGGCUCACUAAAAUUGAAUAAAACUUACAAACCCAACUAAAAUAAAUUGUGGAUAUGAGUUGGCAUUUUAUGAUUGCACUUAGAUGUUUAAUGCUUUAAACAAUAUGAAAAUUACUUUGUUCCAUUAAACUAAUUCUGUGAAUUUGGACUGGUGCGUGUACACUUAUAUUUUACAGGAUUGAAGGACAUUUUUAAAAAAAAAAGAAAAAUAACUUC